AUGGGGGAGAUCAGGGUGAAUCUACCCAACAAGGCAGCGUGGCAGGUGACCUCCAAGAAGUGCAAAGCAGAGAGCAUUGCCGACCUUUUGGCACAACCUGGGCCCUGCGGAGUGGCACAGGCUGCCUUGGCCCAAUAUGAGAUUGCAGCUCAGCUUGCAGCGGGCAGGGCGGCCGCGGAGUGCCCUUUGGAUCGCUUGGAUGAGCUGGCAGCGGAAGAUCCUGAUCAUCGCCCCAGGCGUGGGAAGGGUGGCAAGCCCAGGAUUGAUGUGCUCCGGCAGCUGGCCCAACAGCCAUCAGAGGCCUUGCUUGAGCUGAAGGGCACUCCGUGCCUCUACGGCCCGUUUGAGCCUGAUGAGGAUUUCAAGGGAAAGCAACACCUCUCCCACGACUUGGUCCAGCGUGGAGCCCAUGUGGCGUGCUGGGAACGCCUCCAGGCGCCAGGUGGAACAGAGCGGAGUUGCGGCUCAGAGGAGUGGGAGGAGCCAAAGUUGAAAGAUGCGGGGCAUCAGCUGGUCGGCCUGGCCAAAGGUCGAGACAAGCUGCUCAAGAUGAUUGGUUGGCAGUGGCCAUUGUUGGCAGCUGCUUGGAAGCCAGGUAACGCACUCGUGUUAGGUUUCGAUGAAAUGGAGCUCCUUUUUGAACUGAUGGACGCUGAUGGGAGCGGCUCUGUCAGCCCAAAGGAGUUCGUAGCAGGAUUGAAGAAAAUGAAAGGCCCAGCACUUGGCGCAGACGUGGUGCGACUCAUUGGCUUAGCGCAAAAGCAGUAUUGGAGAGCCCUUGGCUUCAACCGAAGACUGAAAGUUCUGAAUGAAAAGGUGCAGCUCAUCCCAGCGCGCCUGAACUUCUUGGGAAAGCAUUGCUCCGAAGAGAUGGUGGAGCGAUGCCACAGCGAGGUACGCCAAGAAGACGCCUUGAAGCAAGCAGCGCAACGGCAGCUUGUAAUUCUUGAAGGUGACGAAAAGAGAAGAACUACAUACCCAGGCUUGCUUCCUGCAGAGAAGAAGAAGCCGCUUCGAAAGGCUCCAUGGGAAGAGGCCUCCGAAUUCAGUGACGACCUACCAGAAGUAGAGCUGGUGGAGGAGUCUGAGGCAGGAGGCACAAAGGAGAGGGUGCACUGA